CAUAACUCCCCGCUGUUUGACUUCAAACAAGCUAACAGAAGAAGGCAAGGGCGGAAUGCUGUGGAUAAAUAGGACUAUGAUGAAUGGCAUUAGCCUGAUAAAUGAAGCAUUAAAUUAGGGGUGAGAAUGAAAUUUCGUUUUGAGCCUAAAGGGCCCUCACAGUCAAUGUCUUCCUCCAGCUGAACAUCACUGUUAGACCCCAUCAUCAUACAACACUACUGAGGCCAGCCAAGGUCUGUGUUGGUGUGAAACGCCUUGGGUCCAGCUGCAGUUGUAGGGCGACGAGAAGCAUUAAACUCAGGGAGAUGGCUUCACCCUUCGUGCCUGUCCCUGUCCCCAUGGACAGAUCUUUGUCAGGCGGCGGUGGCAAGCUGAGGCGGCCGCAGCGGGCUGCGUCUCUUGGAAGCGUCUCAACCAGCUCGGAGUCCUCGUCCCCCAUCACCAGGUCGGCAGGGGACGAGCGGGGACGAAUUGGCGAAGGAUCGGGUUCACGGCGUCAGUCACGCUGCAUGGACAGAGCCAACCGCAGCCUGACCCCGCCGCCGCUGCAGACCCCCUUGACACGGGCCAGGGUGAACGGGAUGCUGGACACUUCGGUCCAGUAUUCGGCAUGUCCUCGGUCCGUGUCGGAUCCUGCUGGGAGCAAGCAAGCGGAGGACAGACCGAUCACCCCCACAGUCCUGGGGUACGAGGUCAUGGAGGAGAGAGCCAAGUUCACGGUUUAUAAGGUCCUGGUCAGGAAGAGUCCAGAUGAGAGCUGGGUUGUGUUUAGAAGGUACACUGACUUCUCCAGACUCAACGACAAGCUAAAGGAAAUGUUCCCUGGCUUCCGGCUCUCGCUGCCUCCUAAGAGGUGGUUUAAAGACAACUACGACAGCAACUUCCUGGAGGACAGGCAGCUGGGACUACAGGCUUUUCUGCAGAACUUGGUUGCACACAAAGACAUCGGCAACUGCCUUCCAGUGAGGGAGUUUCUGUGCCUCGAUGACCCGCCUGGGCCUUUUGAUAGCCUCGAGGAGAGCAGGGCAUUCUGUGAGACUCUCGAGGAAAGCAACUACCGCCUCCAGAAGGAGCUGCUGGAGAAGCAGAAAGAGAUCGACUCACUAAAGAGGAAACUGCAGGAGAGGGAGCAGACCAUCCUGAUACUGGAGAAGCACGUCAAGAGGUUUUUAUUGUUCCUUGCCGAUCGAUGUGUGUGCACGGCCGUUGCAGUGGAGGAUGCGCGAUCCCGGGGUCUCCGUGUGGUCUGUCGGCUCAGGGAAGCGAGAGCAGUGCAGACGCUGAUGUGGAGUCGUCCGCAGCAGAGGCUGAUCAGGACAUCCCUGACGACGCGAGUGACAGGUGUCAGCUCCAGCCGGUGCGGUCCUCUGCCUGUUGGUGCAGGCCAUCUCUCAGCGCCUCUCCGCCGGUCAUCCAGGUCACUCAGCUGUUCCACAAGAAAACUGAGGAUUAGCGCCAAGCCCUGUCCGUUCUCGUAUUGCCCUCCAUCGUCCACCUGUUUUGCCUUCACAUCACAUCGCCUAUCUCCACUUUUCAGGCUGGAACUGCUGUUUGACAUGAAAGAGCCCGAGUUUGAUCCGACGGCGCGUUGAGUUGAAAGGAAAUGGUUUCACACUGACACGUCAUGUGGGUUAUUUUAUCUGGCACCUAAAACACUUUAUAAAACCUGAGAACCUCAGACUGAACUGACCCGUUUGCGCUCAAACCUCCUCCUGCGUUUGUCAGGUUGAGCGUCUGUGAUUCUGCCACCAUAAACAACCUGAAGGCUUUGAUGACAAUCUGCAACAAAAUGAACCAUGACCGUCUCAGACAUUUAUUGCCUUUUGAGAAAAGGUCUUCUCCAAACGGAGAGACGGUGCCUGCGGCUAUCUGAGCAGCUAUAAAUUAUUACGUCACAGGUAAAGGACCAGGUGGGUUAUUUUAUGGUCAGUAUGCAGGUACUUUGUACUGCCACUCACUGCUAGUGUAAAGAAAGUUUAUGUUAUUGGUCAGUUUUCACCCAGAAGCCAACAUUCCCUCUUGCUUUAAGUGCCAAGUGUGGUAUGGAAGCUGCAACGUACAGAACCAAGAUGGAGACAUGACAUGCCAUAGCUGAUAUGAACACAGAUCAUCAUUUCAUUACGUUUUAAACAGAAGAAAAACCUUAACCGGCAUCUGAUCCUGUUAGUAGGUUAGACUACAAUCAUUGUGUGGUAAUGUAGGUAACACUAAAGAAACAUUUCAGCCAGUUUACUUAAAGCUUUUCCUUCUCUCCUCCAUGCAUCCAUGUUAACAUGCAGCUUUGGUUGAAGAUUUUACAUUACCAUGUGCACUUUAAGACAUUGGACUCUAGAUUAUUGUGAUAAAGGUAAAAAUGAUUUGCUCCUGGUGCUUAAUGCAUUUAACUUGCUAUGAAAUAUGUCAACACUAAGUCAGAUUUGGUUGUUUUCCCAAGAUGAACCACAAACGCCUCGUUUUUUGUUCUUCCCACCUAUCGCAGUUGACAGGAUGUUCAGAUGACUUGAUCAUCCAAGUGGCCGUGAGCUCCAGCAUGCUGAAACUAUGAGAGAAAGAUCGGGUUAAGCCAAGAAUUGGUAAAGAGAUGUGAAUGGAAGCCCAUCUUUUACAUCACAAAUGGUGCUACUUAGGACAAAUAAAUACUCUAAAGCUGAAAGGCUAACAGGCCACCACUCUAAAAACAUCACAACUCGACUGUUCCUGGUGAACAAGUCACCCAUACAAGCCAUAUUUUUUUAAUCUAAGCAAUGCUCAAGAGGCAGAUGUAUCAUAUGGUGGCCAUGUGUGCUCACCAUCUGUGGCUUUCGCUCUUUAAUCAUCAGUUAAUGAGGGUUUAAUAGCUGAUGUUGUCUCUUGCUCGCCUGGAACAGGUCAGGUUUUGCACUUUAUGGAUGAAUGACGAACGAUUGCUCAGAUGUUGUUUUUACUAUUUCUAAGACAGAAACAUGCUUUUUUGAUUACUAAAAUCUUUUGAUUUCUAACUGGGUCUAAAAUGUUAAUAUUUGUUUUGUUUAUGGUCUGUGCUUUACUGUAUAUUUGCUUCUUGCAUAAUUAAGUGCCUUGAAAGGUUUUUUUCUUAGCUUUUCUUCCAAUGUGUUUGGAUUGCUUUAUAGAUUUGUGCAGGACAUGAAACAUAUCAUCUCUCCUUCUGACGGAAAGGUUUUAAAUAACACUCUUGUGUAUGUAUUAUGGUUUUGAAUAGACAAAAUACUAUGGUUUUGUAAUAUCACACUCACUGAAUCUUUGCUGAUAGCCUGUAAUUUCACUAUAAAAUAUAUACAUGAAUAACAUUUGGUGCAACAAGGCCCAAGAGUUGAAAUGGAUACUGUAGACACUGUUAUACGCACUGCUUAUCGGGUAUAAAAAAUAUAUAUUCACAUGAUUAAAGAGGGAGUAACGUUGAAUACACAUAUAUUUGUUUUCUGUUUUUUUUAUGUUUAAAGUCUGUGUUACCAUGGCAAGUAAUGGUUCCAGCUUUUUGUGAAAUAAAACUUCGGAUCUGGUUGCUGUGAA